AUGAUCCUACAUUUCAGGUGCACUGGAGGAUCUUGGUUAAGAUCACCGACGAUGACAGGGAAAUUAUCGGGAAUCGUUUGGAUUGGUUUACUAUGCGGUGUUUCGUUGCCAUUCACCAAAGGAGCAUCAGAAUACAUCAUAAACGAGAAAUACGAUGGUAUUCUUGUGGACUGUGCCAUUGCAUUCCUUGUUCUGAGCAUUAUUUUUUUGAUUCUGUUGCUCAUUACCACAGUGUUCAUUUACAGGAGGAUUGACGAUAGUGACGAGAGUUUGGGACGUAAGAGGUAUCAGGUGUCUUAUCACGAAAGGGAACCUGGAAAUAUUAGGGAAAUCUCAAGCCCAUUUUAUGGCCAUAGCGUUUACUCCGGCCGACCAACAAGCAAUAUUUACCUGCCUGGUCGCGAAAAUGCUGCAGUGGUUGGUGUAGACGGAAGACCAGUUAAGAAUGUAGCUUACGAAAACGAAGCAGCUGCCAUAGACAUGGAAAUAAAGAGCUCCAAAGACUCGCCCCCAGCAGAAAAAGGUCAGAAGGAUUCUAUGCUGACCGAGAAAAGAAUGGGAACGAAAGGAACUUUUGAAAAUGCUGCCUAUGAUAGUGUAGAGGAAAAACAGUCAAAGGAGCAUACCUAUGAAAGCAUUGAUAACGUUAGCACCACACGCUACACCACAACUCGUAUUUCGUACUCUAAGAACGUGACUUCAGAUCUGUAAAUGAAAACCUAACGUUGCUCCUAAGGACGGAGGGAAGUCAAGUUUUAAUCAAAGCGCCGCUUUAGUUUAAAGGGUUGUGCAAAGUAAGCUCGUCCUAAUUUUCUUGCACAUAAAUGCAUAAAAUGAAGCAUUUAAAAGUUAUUCUGCUUAUGUCAACUAAGUUGGAAUUGUAAAUUGGCCACCGUAACGAGUUAAAAAGCUGAUGUUUCGAGCGUUAGCCCUUCAUCGGAGCGAAAGAAAAGUUAGGUCGUGAUGCUGGGGUAUUCUUAUACUGAGAAGAUGGAUUGUAGAUGCUUUUAACAAAUAGAAUAGAAACAGCCAUCUAGCUUGUCCAGGUGCCCAGUUAGUAAAGCCAAACGCCAUAGUUAACUGCGCAAAAGUAGCGGAGAGGUGAAAAAACCGAGAAAGUCUGGGCCGGGACCCGACUAAACCUAACCUCCCUCACUUUUUCACUCAGCCGUUACUAUCGCACUGUCAAUUAUUUAGCUCCGUUUUACUUACUAAAAUCCUGGAAAAGGCUAACGAAGAACUUCAUCUUUCAAAAGACAAGGAGAGAGUAAGAAAAAAUGUAGUGUUGCUGUCUCUGGAACUCAAUGUUACUCACAUGUUACCGUGGUCCUCUUUUACUAUAUUACGAAUUUUACGAAGAUUAGUGGCUCGUAAUAACUUGUUUGGCGAAACGCCAGCAUUUAUUUAGCUACUUCAAUCAUCGUGAAGCCUCCUCAAGAGGUAAAUUGAUUGUUAAUUAUCAACUCCCUUUAAGCAUCUCGUUUAGCACUAAUAAGCCUAUGAGAAUGACUGCAGGAACGUACUAUUGCGACUAUUUGCGUUAAAAAAAGGUUUCUAUACUUCGUCAGUGAAUUGAGCCACCAGCAUAUUACAAUAUAGCAGCUAAGUGAUACUCUUAAAAAAAAAAUUUUACUCGAAUCCCCACUAUCGAUAAGUUUGAGUCAUCAAUGAUAAACCGAAAUUUUCACAGUAUGUAGUUAUCAACUAAAAGAGAUUUCUUGUUUAAAUUUGGUAAGGAAAAAAAAAAA